AUGGGCGCCAAGCAGAGCGGCCCCGCCGCCAACGGCCGCACCCGCGCCUACUCGGGCUCGGACCUGCCCUCCGGCAGCGGCGGCGGCGGCGGGGCGGACGGCGCUCGGGCGGCCCGGUUCGCGGCCCCGGUGCCCGGCGCGCAGCAGCCCAGCGCCUCGGCCGGCGCGGCGGCAGCGGCGGCAGCAGCCUCGGCCCCGACAGCGCCCCGCAGCCGCUCGCUCGGAGGGGCGGUGGGUAGCGCGGCGGGCGGCCGCGCGGCGCAGUCGGCCUUCAGCAUCCCCGGCGGCGGCGGUGGCGGCGGCGGCGGUGGCCCGUACGGCUCGCAGGACUCGGUGCACAGUAGCCCGGAGGACGGCGGCGGCGGCGGCGCUAGGGACCGGGACCGGCCAGCGGGCGGGGGCCCUGGAGGGCCGCGCCUGGUGAUCGGCUCGCUACCGGCCCACCUUUCCCCGCACUUGUUUGGAGGAUUUAAGUGCCCGGUAUGCUCAAAAUUUGUACCCUCAGAUGAAAUGGAUUUGCAUCUGGUGAUGUGUUUAACAAAGCCAAGAAUAACCUAUAAUGAGGAUGUGCUAAGUAAAGAUACUGGGGAAUGUGCAAUAUGCCUUGAAGAAUUGCAGCAGGGAGACACCAUAGCACGACUGCCUUGCCUGUGUAUAUAUCAUAAAGGCUGCAUAGAUGAAUGGUUUGAAGUAAAUAGAUCUUGUCCAGAGCACCCUUCAGAUUAAGCAUCAGAUUCCUGUAUUAUGGGUUUCUUGUCUUUUCAAGAUGCUUGAGAAGUCUAGAAGAUUUGAAGAUCUGUCUCUGGGAAACAAAAAUACUGCAGGCUUGCUCAGCCAGGAUCUGAGUUCUGUGACACUCAGUAGUCCAGAGAUGGUCAGGAACCACAGAACUCAGUGUACCAAACUUGCAUAUAAGGGACACACAGGGAUUUUGAAAAUGCUGCACAUCCUGUACUAGUCACUGCGUAGAUAAUACUGAUAAACAUUUUGUAUUCAGACGCCAAAGUUAACUAAUUUCAAAGUUGAUUUACUUUUUGUUAAGUCUAUAGAGCUGCUGUUUUAUUGUAUUUGUUUUGUUUGUUUGUUUUUAGUUUGGGGACUUUUUAUUUUCCCCAACAGAAUGUUUCUGCAUUCACCUAUUCUUAACUUGAAAAGCACCCAAUUUAGUUCUUACAAACUCUUCAAUGUGAAACCAAGAAGUGUAAUCAAAACAGUUAUAAUACUCUGCGAAUGGACAGAGUGUAAUCUCAAGUUCUUCCAUUUUUUCCCCCAUGUGUGAAAAAUAGAUUUCUGGGUAGGAGAGCUAAAAUAUGUUAGUGGUUUGAAUUAAAGGUUUAAUAUUAUUUUUAAAAAUGCCAUCCAAAGAGUAAAUCAAGUUACAUAAUUACAUUUUAGUUAAUUAAAUGUAGAACUGUCUACUGAAUUGCAGUUUCUGAAAUACAUUGUUUCUUCUGAAAUAAAACUUCGCAAUAGCUUGUUAGCAGUGACCAUCCUGCAGCUAUGCAACUUUGAGAAGUCCAGAUUUGCAGGUCUUCGUGCCGGGGCCGCAGUGACUGUCCUAACAGGGAUCUUUCCUUCCUUUCGUGUAACUACUUCAUUGUACUUUGCAUUUCCAGGCAGUUUUCCCAUGUUUAGUGAAAUGUUUAGCAAGCUGUAAACUUAAUACCUUAUGAAAAGGGUGAAAUAAACUCGUCUGCAGUGGGACUUGUAGUAAUUUGAGGGACAUUUUAUAUACUUUUGAAAAUCAGAAUUUAAUUGGGAUGCCAGAUUUCUAGCAACUUGCAUCUUUAGUUUUCCAGAUAGUCUGGAAGUUAGCAUUUGAUAAAUGAUUUUUAAGCAAAUAUAAAGAUUUUGUUAAUUUAUAAUUUAUUGAUGUGUUGUUACUGUAAUUGAAAAUGUUGUGGAUACUUUUAAAUUCAGUCUUUGUAGAAAGAACUGUAUUGAGCAAAAUUAUGUGAAUAAAUAUUCCCCUAAAUACAUCUGAUGGUUAAGAAUACUGGAAGAGAGCUCUCAGGGCUGCAGCAGUGAGUGUCUUUGUAAAUCAUCAUCAGAACAUCAACAAGUAGGUUUCUCGUUUGGCUUCCUGGGGAGAAUGCUGCUGCCCUGGUCUGGCCCACAAUGAGCAGCCCUGCUUCUCUGCUGAGCUGUCCUGAGGUGUUGAAGUGUGUGCUUCUCUGAUGCUGCUACUCUGGCCGCUGUCACAUUUGUUCCCCAGCCCUGUUGCUUCUGCUUCUACUUUUCUAAGCGGGCAAGGGCAGGAGGGUGGGGGCAGGACAUAAUGGAAAGAACUUGCAUUGCUUUCCUAUGGUUGUAGGCCAGAUUGUACCUUCCUGCACUUCCUCACUGUAGGCUACCUGUUAUGAUCCGUAGUUAGCGAGCAGAUCCUCAGUGUGAGGGCUGCUAGCAUAUCUCUGUAGCUGCUCUCCUCGUCCAGUUGUAGGAAGUGACUCUUCCCUCAAGGGGAAUUUUCUUACAGUUUUCCUGUUAAUAUGAAACCUGAAUCUGAACCCAUUUUACUUCAUCCUCUAGUUUGUAUGCUUUCCUCUCCCCUCUCAUGUCCCCCAGGGAAGAGCUCUUUGGAGUGAAAAACACUUGGCUUUCUACUACUGCUGUAUUGUUGUGGUGAGAAUUGCUUCUGCUGUCUGCAGAGCAGAGCGCACCCAUGGUAAUUAAUGAUUAGGAGCCCCUGGAAGGUGACUGCUUUGUGCCGAGAUCAACCUCUUGGGCGCCUGGGCCUGGGUUUGGCGUCCUUUGUUCACACUGCCCCCAGCGCCCCUCGUUGCUCCUGUCUGCGCCUGCUGCCUCCAGCUCCUGUGGUGUUCAGAGCUCAGUCAGCGCUGCCAUGCAUGCGUGUCAAGGACACUGACGGACUUCGAGCUUGUCUGGACAGUAUUUACUGACAUCCAGUAAAACAACCCUUAUCUUCCCCUCAACUUUUAUAAAGUCGGCAUUUUUACUUUAUGUUCUGUCUGCAAUGAUUUCCUAUAAAGAAUAAUUUAGAAAUAAAAGAAUGGAGAGGAGCCCAGAUGUUCCAGUUUCUGUUCAAGGUUACUACUAUUCUGGGAAUGUUCUGUAAGUGAUACUUUAUAUAACAUUGCUUACAAUAUUUAUCAGUCUGUAUGUAGACACUGAGUAGCAUCAGUCAUAAAAUUAUACUAGCUGUUUGAAUAUUUAGCGGAAACUACUGAUAGUAAAUACUAUGAAGAUGAGAUAAAAAUUGGGAUCCUCACUUACCCAGCCAGUCAUCACCUUCUAGAAUCUUUGUGAAUGCUCUUCACAAAGGUCACACGUGUAGAGAAGGAGGUGUUCUCUAGUGCCACUCUGUCCAACUUGAAAAUUUUUACUUUAAUCUGGCUGUUUAUUUCCUUUUGGCCAGGAAAUGUAAGAGAAGCCCUGUCCCCUUUAGAAAACCAUUCUCUUUCUUUGGCUCCUCUCUAGAGAAAUGGACACUGAUUUCCAAACUUAGUUAUAAAACAGACUGUAAGGUUGUUUUAAUAAAAUAAGCAGUGGUCUCUGACGUGUGUGUGUGUGUGUGUGUGUGUGUGUGUGUGUGUCUGUGUGUGUGUGUGUGUGUGAGUGUGUGAGUCAUGCUGACUGUGGGAGCAUAUAGCUUUGGGCUCUCUAGGGCACGUCUUCUGCAUUCUUAAAUGUUACCUACUUACUCUGGUUUUCACUGGUUUAGAUACUAGGAUGCAGCCCAGAAUAACCAAGGACGAGCCUGAGCAUAGCUGCAGUACGCAGAAUAAGGGUGUUUCCAUCCGAGAGCGUUGUCAGAAACAACAGACUUUUCCAGGCCUUACCUCACACUGUGGCUCUGAGUCUGGCUGUGGCGGGCUUUCAGAGCGCUCACAUCCCACUGGACAUGGUGGCUCAUUCCACACUCAGGAAACUGAGUUAGGAGGGUUGCCACGAGGUGCAGGCAGGCCUGGGCUGCAAAGUGAGUUCUAGACUAGCCUGUCUUUUAAAAAAACCAAAAGAGAUCAUUUUAAUAUGUUACAGCAAGAUAUAGGCAUAUUCCUUUCAGGAAAAGGGAUCAUGAAUUCAAUGUAAAUAGUCCCUGCUUUUCUGUGCUGACUUGAGUGAGGUAAGGGCUUUUCCCAACAGGAAACUCUCCAAGUCGAGUGUUUGUAGUCUGACUGCUAGCCGCAAUAUGUAUUGGCCACAGGAUUAGGGUAGCCUGUGCUUCACACAGGAGAUUUCCACCGAAACCAAAUCAGCUCGUCAGGAACAUACAGUGUCUAGAGGCAAAGACACAACACUGUUGUCAGCCAUGCCGUUUGCUGGUUGUGGGUGCUCUGGUGCAUUCGGCCAUUUUUUCUGUGGGUUUGGUUUGCCCUGGUGUAAACUCACUGAUGGAGAUGAGACAUGAACUGUCCCUUGUUACUCACUGUACAGAUACUUUAACUUGACUUUUAAAAAUUCUAGCAUGUCAGUACUUUGGAGCCAAUUCUACUAAAUAUGUAACUUCUAAUAUUUUCUUAGCUGUGUGAUAGGACUGUAGUUACCUGUUUCGCUGUCUACUUUUUCCUUCCCACAUCGCUGAGUCUGAGUGGCUGCUGCUUGCUGUACUCCUGGGACUAACUCACAUUCUGAAGUCACUGGUGAUAAUGUACCCAACUAAUACUUUAUACCAUACUCUGUAAAUGUUUUGCUUAAGCUAGGAAAUAGACUUUUUUUUUUUAAUCAAAGAGUUCUGUCUUAAAUGGAAAAUAACUGAUCGCCUAAGUCUGUUGACUUUCUGUGAGAAAUAAAAGGCCUUGAAAUGUUAACAUUUAGUUUCAGUUUAAUAUGCACUGUCCUUGUCCUCACUGGUUUGUUAUCAGAUGUUCAAACUAUUUGUAAGUUUUUGAUCAGUAGCUGAUAAUAAGGUAGUAGUUGUUGUUUUAUUUUGGUCUCUUUGUUUAUGGAGAAGCAAAGAGCAAUUAGCAUGAACUGAAAUCCCCACAAAAAAAAAAUGAAGGAUGUGAUACUGUAGCAUAUAUUAAUAUUGUUUGUUUCUUAGCUCUGGCCCUGGGCCAUGAGGAUCUCAAGAUUGGACAUAAGAUGUUACAUUCUCCUGUCACUAAGAAGACAUUUCUGAUUAUUAAGUUGGAGUUGAAAUGGACCUAUCAUUUAGUUGUGAAAUUUCACAACUGCCUGCCUUUUACUAGCAGUAACUGUGGCAUCAGAAAUGUUUCCUUCCUUAGCCAAGCAAGUGCACAGCAUCUGGUAUCUGAGCGCCCAAGAGGCAGAGGCAAGGAUCUUGCGCUACACAGUGAGUUUGAGACCAGCCUGAACUACAAAAUGAGAGCUUGUCUUGAAGUUUGAUUGUAGGCUUGUUAGAGUUCUGUCAUACGGUGAAGAGACUGGUCUAGGAAGAAACAACAGGAACAUGGACUUGGUGGCGCCGAUUAACAGUUUGUUGCAUUUCUUUGCAGAUGACUUGAUUGAAAAUGACAGUAUUUAUACCUCUAUUGAUUUGUUCCUGGUUUCUGCAACUCUUCUAUAAUACCUCUUAAUUUCUUCUAUUAGAAAGUACUAAAUUGUUCUUGUUAAAUAAGGUCCUGGGAGCAUCGAUCACAAGAAAUAGAGAAAAUGUAUUAGGAACAGCUUGUAUUAGUGUGAUCUAAAUAGAAAGGGAAGAAUUCAUCACUGAUAUUUUAAUAAAUAAGUUUUCCAAAUGAUCUUAUUAAACUGUCCUGUUACUUAGAAGUAGAAGACAAGAAUGCUCUUAAAGGAAGUUGUCAUGCCCUACCUUAUGUCUUUAAGUUGAUGGUGCAUUACAAUAAAACAAAUAUUUGAAUGCUGAAAA